ACGAUUCAAAAAAAGCUUCGUACAUUUCGCCUCGAAAUCUUCGUUCUAGGGUUUCGGAUCUUAAUUAGCAAAAUCUCUGUGUGAGCUUAAAUCUCUGAUCUUUAUCUCUUUCAAUCAAUUGGGUAAGUUCUAAAGGAAGGAACUUUGGAAUCAUGAAGCUAGGGUUUUUCACUCUCUCGUUUCUUCUGAUCUUGAAUCUAUCAAUGGGUAGAUUCGUUGUGGAGAAGAACAAUCUCAAAGUUACAUCACCUGAUUCGAUCAAAGGUAUUUACGAAUGUGCCAUUGGGAAUUUCGGCGUUCCUCAAUACGGUGGUACUUUAGUCGGCACCGUCGUGUAUCCCAAAUCGAAUCAGAAUGCUUGUAAAAGCUACAGUGAUUUCGAUAUCUCCUUCAAAUCUAAACCUGGACGAUUACCCACUUUUGUCCUUAUCGAUCGUGGAGAUUGUUUCUUCACUUUGAAAGCAUGGAUAGCUCAACAAGCUGGAGCAGCUGCGAUUCUUGUAGCUGAUAGUAAAGUUGAGCCAUUGAUUACAAUGGAUACACCUGAAGAAGAUAAAUCUGAUGCGGAUUAUCUUCAAAACAUUACUAUUCCCUCUGCUCUCAUUACUAAAACAUUGGGAGACAGUAUAAAGUCUGCGCUUUCCGGUGGUGGUAUGGUUAACAUGAAGCUAGAUUGGACUGAGUCGGUUCCGCAUCCUGAUGAGCGUGUAGAGUAUGAACUCUGGACUAAUAGCAAUGACGAGUGUGGGAAGAAGUGUGAUACGCAGAUUGAGUUUCUCAAGAAUUUCAAAGGAGCUGCUCAGAUUCUUGAGAAAGGUGGGCAUACUCAGUUCACGCCACAUUAUAUCACCUGGUACUGUCCUGAAGCUUUUACGUUGAGUAAACAGUGCAAGUCUCAGUGCAUCAACCAUGGAAGGUACUGUGCGCCUGAUCCUGAGCAGGAUUUUACAAAAGGGUAUGAUGGAAAGGAUGUUGUCGUUCAGAAUCUUCGCCAGGCUUGUGUGUAUAGAGUGAUGAAUGAGAGCGGUAAGCCUUGGGUCUGGUGGGACUAUGUGACUGACUUUGCCAUCCGGUGUCCAAUGAAGGAGAAGAAGUACACCAAGGAAUGCGCAGAUGAAAUUAUUAAGUCCCUUGGCAUUGAUCUCAAGAAGGUGGACAAGUGUAUCGGAGAUCCUGAAGCAGAUGUGGAGAACCCAGUUCUUAAAGCAGAGCAGGAGUCCCAGAUAGGCAAAGGUUCCCGUGGAGACGUGACUAUACUCCCAACUCUUGUCGUGAACAACAGACAAUACAGAGGUAAAUUGGAAAAAGGGGCAGUACUUAAAGCUAUGUGUUCGGGUUUUCAAGAGUCAACAGAACCAGCUAUCUGUCUUACUGAAGAGUUGGAAACUAAUGAAUGUUUGGAAAACAACGGUGGAUGCUGGCAAGACAAAUCUGCCAACAUUACUGCAUGCAGGGAUACUUUUAGGGGAAGAUUGUGUGAGUGCCCUACUGUUCAAGGUGUUAAAUUUGUUGGUGAUGGUUACACUCACUGCAAAGCCUCUGGAGCUUUGCAUUGUGGUAUCAACAAUGGAGGAUGCUGGAGAGAAUCCCGAGGUGGCUUCACUUACUCUGCUUGCGUAGAUGAUCAUUCAAAGGAUUGCAAAUGCCCACAUGGGUUCAAGGGCGAUGGAGUGAAGAACUGUGAAGAUGUGGACGAGUGCAAGGAAAAAACGGUGUGCCAGUGCCCAGAGUGUAAAUGUAAAAACACAUGGGGAAGUUAUGAAUGCAGUUGCAGCAAUGGUUUGCUUUACAUGCGUGAGCACGACACUUGCAUAGGUUCAGGCAAAGUUGGAACUACAAAACUCAGCUGGAGCUUUUUGUGGAUUCUUAUAAUCGGAGUGGGUGUUGCAGGUCUUUCCGGAUAUGCAGUCUACAAAUACAGAAUCAGGAGUUACAUGGAUGCGGAAAUUAGAGGGAUCAUGGCACAGUACAUGCCUUUGGAAAGCCAACCUCCCAACACAAGUGGUCACCAUAUGGAUAUAUGAGUGAAGUUAUCAACACAAGCCAAGAGACUCUCUUUCUAUGAGUAGCUUCUUCUAAGUUUCCAUGUAAAUGAAUCUGUGGACCUAUAUAAACUCUAGAGAAAAGAGAAAGCCACAAACAAUAAUAAGUGUAUCUGCACAUUUUGUAAGAAAUGUGGAUUUGCAGAUGGAAUCUCCCUUUUGUCUGCAAUAUUACUCUUACAAUGUAAAAUAGACAUAAAUUGGAUGA